AACCAGGGCUCUAUAAAGAGCUGUGGCUACCUCACUCACUUCACUAAGUAGCCCUCACUCAUUCACACACUCACACUCUCACACUCUCACACUCUCACAUCCACCAUGACCUUCAACGGCACCUGGAAAGUGGAACGCAACGAUAAUUAUGAGAAAUUCAUGGAGCAAAUGGGGGUCAACUUGGUGAAGCGGAAGCUGGCUGCUCACGACAACCUGCAGAUCACAGUGCAGCAGACGGGCGACUCGUUCCACGUGAAAGAGACCAGCACCUUCAGGACCCUGGAGAUCGACUUCACCUCCGGGGUCACCUUCGAGUACAGCCUGGCCGACGGGACCGAGGUUAAGGGCUCCUGGACACUAGAGGGAGAGACCUUGAAGGGCUCCUUCACCAGGAAGGACAACGGGAAGGUGCUGACCACCACCAGAACGGUCCAGGGAGACGAACUCACCCAGAGCUACAACUAUGAGGGUGUGGACGCCAAGAGGUUUUACAAGAGAUCUUAGAGCAACUGCGGAUCGCCUGACCAACAGAUCGUCAUGACUACAGCCUUACAGCUAUACAUUCAUCGCAAUAAACCAAUGUGCACAUUACAUUGGCAAAACAUUUAUGUAUAUUAAAAGUAUUCACUAUUUGUACAAAUUGUGUUUGGUUUCAAUAAUAAAACCUAAUUUGAUACGUG